AUGCGAGAUAUGAAUCGUGAUAGAGCCAAUGGUGCACAGAAUAUCUUUAAAAAGUUGGAAGAAUUCUGCAAAGAUUACCCCAAGCUGCUUCUUGCUUUUAGUGUUUUCGUUAAAGGGUCUUACAGACCCAUCCCCAUCCCUGAUGAUGAAGAUGACGAAGGGUUAUGCAAAUUUCAAACCACUCAAACCAUGGUUGGCAAAAGAGUUGCACCACCACCGUCACCGUCACCGUCACCUGGGGUAACUAUGUAUGAUGCGCUUACAUACCUCUAUUCUGCUGAAGAAGCAUUUUCUGACGAACCCGUAAAAUAUGACCAGUUUUUGAAGAUAAUGGUUUCAGCUCAGAGCAUGGGUGAUUCUAUUGCCCUUGCAAAGGUGGAGAAGCUCACGAGAGAUGGAGACCACCGGAAUCUACUUAUAGGAUUCAGUGUAUUCCUUUCAGAUGAAAAUAAGAUGACGUUCUUCCCAAGCAAAAGAAACCGUACAGAUGAUGAGUCUCAUGGAGCGGAGGAUUUUACCAACAAGCGUAAGACAAGGUCACAGAUCCUUCGUGAUGCUAUUGCAGCAGCACAAGCGGAUUCCGUUUUGUGA